GGUGUUUGUAGUUGAACACAAUGCAGGUCCACUGGUUUUUACACAGGCCAGGUAUUCUUGGCCUUUUGUUAAUAAUUAAUCUGGAUUAAAGUUUAUAUGAUCUACUUAAUAUUUGAUCAGGAUGACGCUCAAUCUGGGAACAGCCACUCCCACCUCUUUUACUAAAGGGUAACUUGAAGAGUUUAAUGCUUUUGUCAGGAUCCUUUGCCUCAUGGUUUCACACAGUGACCCAGUCAAGGUCCUAAUCCGUUUCCCCACACGUCUGAUUCAUGGUUUUGUUGUGAGAACCUUACACCAGCAGCAGUAAGAGCUACAUGGCAGGAAAGGGCCCGUCUGACUCACAGAGCUUCCAUCAAGCAGAGGCCUUUGUGUGGGAGUGACUGGCGUCUGGCAGAGCCUGUGCAUAUGUAGGCUAACCUCUGUGUGCUCAACGUAUGUGCAUAGUGUGCUACCAGUACACUGUGUGUGUGCGUGUGUGUGUGUGUGCAUGCUCUGGUUACAGAGGAACCAUGUGGAACCUAUUCUGCCAAUUCCCCUGUGAGACUGAGCGCAGCCCUGACUGCCUGGGAAAGUCCAUAAAGGGUCCUGUGUGUGUGUCUCCACUCUCCUCUGCCUCACUCCCUCUUUCUGUGUGUGUGUGUGUGUGUGUGUGUGUGUGUGUGUGUGUGUGUGUGUGUGUGUGUGUGUGUGUGUGUGUGUGUGUGUGUGUGUGUGUGUGUGUGUGUGUGUGUUGGUGUGGCACCUCAAAGUUUUGCCAAUGGGCCUGAACUUCUAAACAUACCCUCCUUAUUGCGUUAAAGGGCACUUUUUUUACUUGGGAAAAACCCUACCUGUUGAAAGGAGCCUUGCUGGUAUUGAGAUCCAACAAUGGCUCCCAUUCUCCUGGUUUUUAGUUUCACCCUGUUUAUUGUAAAGUGUUGAAAACAAAGACCAAAAAGGGGAGCAGCUCUUUCCUCGGGCGCUGGUGAAGCGAAGUGAAAGUGAAGUCAUGAUGCAGAGCUGGGAAGCUGUUUAGAGUUCUGGUUUAAUCUGCUUGACAAAGCAAAGAACAUGAGUUCCACUAUCGAUAGUCAGGGACCAACGCUUAAUAUAAACAGUGGAGCUGUGAUAACUGCUGUGUCGACUACUGUGAAGUAUCAACAGCAACCAUAGGUUUUCAUUUACAUUUGCCCCGGUUGCUCCUGAUGUGAGGCCAGCGCUGCCUGAUGUGGUGAAAUGCGGCGCCCCUCGUGCUGCUUUCGCUGGCAGAACGCUGCACUCGAACGCUCAGUAGAACACUUGGAUCCAUUGUUUGAAUCGUAACCACGAGCGAUCAACGCACUCCCCAGUCGGACGGAAGAAUCUUUAAGUAAAUGUCAUUUUUAGUUUGAGCUUUUACUUUUUUUUUACUUUUGUGAAAUGCUUCUGUAUUGUGUCGCUUUCUAUCCGCUUAAAAGGUCUUUUUUUUAAGUCUCUUUACGACAGAUUUGUCAGACGCAUAACGUCAACUGAGGAAUCGGAUCACGCCGCCCCUGCAGCUCUCAUCAGACUGAGCUGUCUCGUUUUUAUUGGUGGUCGUAGUAUUUAGUGCUAUGACUCACUCCGCUGACUGCUGCCUGUUUUUCCCUGUGCCAGAUCCAGAAUGCUGACGACGUGUUGAUCUCGCCGCUUGAGAGGUUUCGUAAGGAGCAGAUUGGAGCUGUUAAGGUAUAGUUGCAGCCGAACAAUAACAGUGACGCAUUAAACAACCAGGGGUGAUGUCCAUCACACCAGUAUAUGAAGUUCAGGUCAUCUCAUCGUCAUCGUCAUCCAUCAACAUGGGUGGUGAGCAGCUCUCAGUUAGUCUGUCUGUGGUCACGGGACCCGGUUUGUUCAGAUAAGUGAUGGCGCACAGUCCAGUGUCACCAACAGGGUCAUGGGAACGAACACUGGGAGAGAAGACGAGGAGCAUGUCACAAACAGAGAGAUACUUGAACCCAGUUAGACAGUGUAAACACAAACUGAGCCUGGUGUCUGGUUCCAGCUGCGGUCUCAAGCCUCUACUGUCCACUUAUAUAUAUGUAUAUCUCUAUCUUUGUCUUGUUCAAGCAGCAGGCAGGGCUUUAAAACACGAGUGAAUCACAGCCAUGACUCAUCCUGAAAGCGAAAUCGCGGCUCAUCUCUUAGUGGUAAUUGAAGCAGAGGCCUGUAGAAUGUAGCGAGCGCAUGUGAGCAGCACAUCCUGCUGCCGAGCAGGAAAACGCGGUCCAAGUCUGGAGUUGCUCCCACACAGAGCCCAGGAAAUGUAUUGUCAGUCCUUUUAUUUACUUAUUUCAUUAUCAAUGCAUUUGAGAAGAAGGAAGAGUGAGUUUUAUUGUCUUCUGUUGUCCUGUUAAAACCAGUUUAUCAACUCCAACACUUUUGUUUAAGGUCUAAAUCUCACUGAACAAACUGUAGACACAUACAACAGGCAAAUGAAUGGAACUGUGGUGACAUGACUUAAAAACACACUUUGCAAUAAUAAAUAAUAAAGGUAGUUGUGUUGAAGUAAAAUACGCUUCUGUUUACUGCUGAUGUAAUGAUGAUGUCAUCUCCAGGAAGGAAAGAAGCAGUUUGACAAGGAGACAGAAAGGUACUACUCUGUUCUGGAGAAACAUCUCAACCUUUCCCCCAAAAAGAAGGAGUCACAGCUUCAAGAGGCUGACUCCCAGAUGAGUAAGGACAGGCAGGUCUUUUACGAUGCAUCACUACAGUACGUCUUCAAGAUUCAAGAAGUGCAGGAGAGGAAGAAGUUCGAGUUUGUGGAGCCGUUAUUGGCCUUCCUGCAGGGCCUGUUCACGUUCUACCACGAGGGCUAUGAGGUGGCCAGUGAAUUUGAGCCCUACAAGCAGCAGCUCCAGUUCAACCUGCAAAACGCGCGUAAUAACUUUGAAAGCACGCGUGCUGAGGUUGAGAGGCUGAUGAAGAGGAUCCGGUCGGCUGAGGAAGACUUCAAAGCCCCCAGCGGCUUUACAAUGGAGGGGUUUCUAUAUAUACAAGAAAAACGUCCGUUGGGCAGCGUGUGGACCAGAUACUACUGCACUUAUCAAAAAAGCACCAAGAUCUUCACCAUGAGCAACACGGAGGCCAGACCAGGCAGCCGCCAGAACGGACUGGUGAACGUUCCCCCGGAAAUGUUCAGCCUGCGCUCGUGUGUCAGGAGGAAGACGGACUCCAUAGACAAACGCUUCUGCUUCGACAUCGAGGUGGUGGAGAGACACGGCGUCAUCACCCUGCAGGCGCUCUCAGAGGCCAACAGGCGGCUGUGGAUGGAGGCCAUGGAUGGGAAAGAACCUAUCUACACUCUGCCUUCGUUGCUGAGCAAAAAGGAGGAGACGUUUCUCAAUGAGGCAGGCUUCAACUUUGCUAAGAAGUGUAUUGAGCUUAUUGAAAUGAAAGGCAUCAGCACCCUGGGACUGUACAGGACCGGAGGAGUCAACUCCAAGGUGCAGCGCCUGAUGACGAGCGUCUUCGCAGCGUCCGCAGCUGCCCCUGACAUGCAGCUGGAUGCAGACAUGUGGGACAACAAGACCAUCACCAGCGGCCUCAAGAAUUAUUUUAGGUGCCUGGCAGAGCCCUUACUGACCUAUAGACUGCAUAAAGAAUUCCUCAAGGCUGCACAGUAUGAUGACCAGAUGUACAGGGUGAGAGCGAUUCAUGCUCUGGUGCACAAACUACCGGACAAAAACAAAGCAAUGUUGGACCUUUUAACCAACCACCUCCUCAGGGUGUCCUCUCACAGUGAGCAGAACCUGAUGACCGUUUCCAACCUGGGAAUGAUAUUCGGCCCCACACUGAUGAGGUCACAGGAAGAAACCGUGGCCGCCAUGAUGAACAUCAAGUUUCAGAACAUCGUGGUGGAGAUCAUCAUUGAAAACCGCCACAAGAUCUUCAGCGAGGCCCCCGACCUGUCGUUGCCGCUGCCCCCGGCUCCGUCCUCGCGCUCGACCCCUCGCAGGAACAAAGCCAUCUGCCUGUCGUCUGGGAAGCGGAAGCCCCGCCUCUACCCCACCGCCCUGUGCCUGGCGGACAACGACAGUGACACGUUCAGCAGCAGCCCCAGCACGACGCCGAUGGGCAGCCAGGAGUCUCUGUCCUCUCACUCCUCUGAAAAGAACGGCUUGUGUCAAAGCUCGCCUCCAUCCUCUCCUCCCGCUGACCCCGGCGCUCCCUCUGUGUCUCCUGCACCUCCUCCUGCAGCUCCGACCUCCUCCCCGUCCCACAGCCGCUCCAAUGGAAAGGAUCCGAACCAGCCCACAGACAGCGCUGCGUCCCAUCACGUCCCGCCCUCCUCCUCCUCCACUUCCUCCCAGCUAAAAUCGGCCCCGCGCGCGUCCUCUGCGUCCUCCUCCCUGUCCUCUUUAAUCUCCGCAGAGAGGACGUUGUCAGUCAGAGGGAGCUCCGCGGCCUCCUUGUCGUCUGUCAAAGACUCAAACGCCCCCUCCAGGGCCUCCUCCUCCUCCACCACCCCCCUGCAGCGCUCCUCAGUGGAGCGCGUCUCCUCUCGCAAGGAGGGUGAGGCCGUUCAGAGGGCACCGUCUGUGUCCUCUCUGAAGAGCACUCGUUCAGUGGAGCAGAGCAAUGCCUCCUCCACUGGAACGGAAACCAGGGUGACGGACUCUACCUCUCCUUCACGGCAGCCAAGGACCCCUUUCAGGACUGCCUCCUCCUCCUCCUCAUCCUCCUCCUCCUUGUUUCCCUACCCACUUUCCACAUCUUCCUCCCUCACUUCCCUGCACAUCUCUGAGGAUUAUAAAAGCUGUCACGGAUCAGUACAGAGUCUGAUGUCACUGGAACCGCGCACACGCAAGGCCUCACACGUCCGCUGUGGCUCAGAUCUGACUGUGAAACACUCUGCGUCCGCAUCUAGCAAUGGUUACCAGAGGCCUGGCUCCUUGUUUUCAGUCAGACUGCCACAGCGUGAAAGUUCCGUUUUCUCCUCAGCGUUAGACAUAUGUUCCUCAGGAAGGGAAGCAAAAGCGCUUUACUCAUGUGAGGCUGAGCACAGUCAUGAGCUGAGUUUUCCUCAAGGUGCUCUCUUCUCAAAUGUGUGCUCCUCUGUGGAACCAGGUUGGCUUCAGGCAACAUAUAAAGGCAGAACAGGACUCAUACCUGAAAACUACAUCACCUACAUCUGACCCAUGUAGCAACAUCAUCACCGUCCGCCACAAAGACCUAUUCAUAAUGAUGGCUUCAUGCACCAAAUAACCCUCUGCGCUUCUGAUCAAGAACAUAUUUAUCAUAAUCAACUGUGACAGUUCUCACUGAACGGUGUAUGACUGACUACUGUAGCUGGACAUGAAGGAUGCGUGUCCUGUAUGUACAGUAUAUGUGCCUACUGUACCUGAACUAUGUUACGUGACCUUAAUCGGCCUAACGUACAGUAGAUGUUACUACCAGCUGAUUGUAAAUCUAUGUGACCCUCUGUGUAGCAGGCUUCCUACAGAUCAUCAAACGCUAAAAGAAAUGCAAGGUACAUGUAAACAGUAUUUUUUUAAUCAUUUGUGGCCAUUUAUGUCAUUGUCUCAACAUUAUAUUUGUAUGUCCAGAGAUGAAGUGCUCAUACCUCUGUACCUGGAACAGCAGGACUGAAUUGUGCCUUAACACCUUCAUCCAUGUCAAAAUAAAUGAUAAGUAAAAUCCA